CUCUCUCUCAGCCCCACGAUCCGUACGCGGGCCCCGGGGUGCUUCCGGCUAAUCAGGGAAUGGGAGCAGAUGGAUCUCACAGACGGAGCUGAGCUCCAGCUAUCUGAAUGCAAGGAUUAGGAAUUCGGAAAAAGAGAACAAAAUCUUUCUAUCAGCUGCUGAGAAAAUCAUCUUUGUUCUGCCUCCAACCGCAGCAAGAGAAAACCUGCAGUUGCUGGAAAUCCGGAGGAAUUUCAUACAAAAUGCCGGAGGAACUCAGCAUUUAUACUCUUUCCCAUAGGUGCUGCCCGGCCUGCUGAGUUCCUCCAGCAUUUUGUGUGUGUUGCUUGUUCUGGAGUUUUCUACACGUUAAAAAUGGGAAGGAAUUUGGCUCCAGGAAGCUCAAACAUGGCACGCCAGUUUUGUUGUCUCUGUCUAGAUAUUUAAGAAGUGGAGCAAGGGAUUCACUCGACCAUCCUUCCUGCUCAGACUGUGGGGAGGGAUUCAUUUGGUCAUUUGACAAAAUUGCAAGCCUGUCAUUUUACACAGGAGAAAGGCCGUUCACCUGCUCAGACAGUGGGAAUGGAUUCACUCAGUCAUUUCAACUGAAGGUAUAUCAGCAAGUUCACACUGGGCAAGGCCAUUCAUCUGUUCUGUGUGUGAGAAAGGAUUCUGCCGGGCAUCCCACCUGUGGACAAACCAGUCAGAUCACACUGGGCAGAGGCUGGUCAUCUGCUGAAUUUCGGGGAAGGGAUUCUCUGGGUCAUCUGACCUAAUGGCACACCAGUCAGUUCACACUGGAGAGUGGCCAUUCACCUGCUCAGACAGUGGGAAUGGAUUCACUCGGUUAUCUCAACUGAAGGUACAUGAGCAGGUUCACACUGGGCAAGGCCAUUCUGUUUGUGGGAAAUGAUUCUGUUGGUCAUCCCACCUGUGGGUACAUCAGUUAGAUCACACUGGGCACAGGCUGUCAUCUGCUGAAUUUCGGGGAAGGGUUUCUCUCAGUUAUCUGAUCUAAUGGCUCACCAGCGACUUCACACCAGGGGGCGGCCGUUCACCUGUAUAGUCUGUGGGAACGGAUUCACUCAGUCAUCCCACCUACUGAGCCAUCAGCGAGUUCACACUGGGGAGAAGCCGUUCACAUGCUCAGUCUGUGGGAAGAGAUUCACUUGGUCAUCCCAACUACUGGCACACCAGUUUGUUCACACUGGAGAGAAGCCGUUCACCUGCUCAGAAUGUGGGAAGGGAUUCACACUGUCAUCCCGCCUACUGAUCCAUCAGCGAGUUCACACUGGGGAGAAGCUGUUCACCUGCUCUGUCUGUGGGAAGAGAUUCACUGCAUCAUCCAACCUACUGGUACAUCAGCGAGAUCACACUGGGGAGAGGCCAUUCAUCUGCUCCGUCUGUGGGAGGGGAUUCACUCAGUCAUUCAGACUACAGAGUCAUCAGAGAGAUCACACUGGGGAGAAGCCGUUCACCUGCUUAGUCUGUGGGAAGAGAUUCACUGAGUCAACCAGCCUACAGAGUCACCAGCGAGUUCACACUGGGGAGAAGCCGUUCACCUGCUCAGUCUGUGGGAAGAGAUUCACUGAGUCAUCCAGCCUACAGAGUCACCAGCGAGUUCACACUGGGGAGAAGCCUUUCACCUGCUCAGACUGCAGGAAGAGAUUCAUUGAUUCAUCCAACCUACAGAGACAUCAGCGAGUUCACACUGGGGAGAAGCCAUUCACCUGCUCAGUCUGUGGGAAAGGUUUCACUCAGUCAUCCCAACUACUGGCACACCAGUCAGAUCACAACAGGGUGUGGCCAUUGUUAUGAAUCCCUAUGUUUCGUUUACUGUGGACUGUAAUUUUAAGAGAGAAAGUGUGAGAUUAAGAAAUCAAAUCAGUCUGACUUGCAGCGUGUUUAGUUUUAAUCGAGGACACGGACGCUCAGAGUCAGAUGGAGACAGAGGAAAAAUGGAAGGAUUGAAACCAGGGAGUUGGUGGCCAAGGGUCAUUUUUCAGAAAUUUCCUAUACCCGCAAGGGUGGGUUAAUUAUCAAUUCACCGUACAUGGAAUGUGUGGUUGUCACCUCGUUUGAUCCAUAGGUUUGGAUCGGAUUUGGCGUAUCCUGUGGAGACCACUUAUGUGUUACCCUUUCCUGGGUGACGACGAUAUCACUGUGAGAAUUCGCUUUCGGUGAUAAUUCGUAUGUGGAUUUGGAACGACGGAUAAAUUCUACAGCAACUGAUCUCUCAUUUUACCACCGUGGAACCUGUGGAAUUCGACAGAAUUGCCUUCUCUCGACAUUUACCCUGGAUUGCAACUAUCUCUCUCUCAUCACCUAUUCUGUGGAUGACCUGAACUUUACCAUCGCAAGACUCCAAGCAUUGUUUCCCUCGAGCUCAGUAGUUUGGGAGUUAUAUUUACACACAUUUAUACACAUAACACUUAACUUUUGUUUAAAUUGUUUGUUACAAUUUUAUAAGUAGUUACAAAUAAAGACAGUGGUUUUGACAUCAAAAGACUCCAGGUGUAGUCUAUUGUUGCUGGUUUGUGUCUAAAGCAUUAUGGUUCAUAACAAAAUUGGGGCCUGCGUCUGGGAUAUGAACAAAUUUGCAGGGCUUAUUGAUCAAAUAAUUAUCAAUCUGAUUGGGGAAAAUCCCUUUUGAUUUAUUUGUGUGUGGAAAUCAGCAGCAAUGGAUAUUUAUAUAUGUGUGGAAGCGCCAACCCCUGAGGCAUUAGGAAAAGCUAAAACAAAUGAAUUGCUGACUAUUGAACCUCAAUGAGGUAUGGGGGUGUGAAGGACCAGGGGAAGCAUAAAACUGGGAGAGCAGG